CACACAGAGACACACACACACCAAGUUAGUCUUUCUUCCAGUGGAGUCUGACAGGAAUGAGGUCAGACACACGGAUCCUCAUUGCACAUUAUUAUUAUUAUUACCCGUUUUUUUAUUCGUCCAAUGGGAGGCGAGGGGGAGGCGCCCGCUUGAAAAAUCAGGAUGGAGACAGCCCGCCAUUGGCCGCCGCGUCUCGCGAUGAGGGUAUAAAACGGCGAGGUUCUCGUUGUUGUGUUUACAGUAAUAUUACAGAGCGCACAGGAAACAGGGAGACUAUGAGAAAGCGCAGCCGCUCCAUUCAGCCACAUGGUUCCUCAACCGCACAGACAAGCUGCGCUGCAGACGGCCAGGUUCACAUAAGGGACUUGCACUGCUGUUACCCACAGCGGCCCGUCUUAAGCCUUGCAGGGCGAGUUUUCAGCCGCACCGGCAGUUGAAAGUUGCUGUUAAAUAGUUUCGAGGAUUUAUUCUUUUUUUUUCUUCUUCUUCUUUCUUUCUGUUUUUUUUUUUCCUCCGUGAAGCGCACUGGUUAAAAGUUUAAAGAGAUCAGCAGACGUCUGUGUCUCAGAACGGGCUGAGCUGAAAAGAGACAGAAGAGACUUGGAUGAACUUUUUCCAGCCCUCCAUCAGUGGUCUGCGCCUGAAAUAAGAGCAAGUGAGGAAGGAAUAAUUUUUAUUUUUUUUUUUGACAAGGCAUUUUUUUUGCGCACUUGAACUUUUGUGAAAGCACUGCAACAGAGAAGAGUGUUUUCAGACACUUGGGAGGAAGAGAUGGUGCAGCACAUGAGCCAGACAGAGAGCGCCCACGCGCACUCCCCCGGCGGGGACUCCACGGACACGGGAGAGAUGGACUUGGAGAUGGACGCGUCUCCGACCCCGGCGUCGCCCUCUUCCCGGGAGCGCACCGACUUGGCGUGGUGCAAAACUCCGACGGGGCACAUCAAGAGACCCAUGAACGCCUUCAUGGUGUGGUCGCAGAUCGAGAGGAGGAAGAUCAUGGAGCAGUCUCCAGACAUGCACAACGCGGAGAUCUCCAAGCGGCUGGGGAAGCGCUGGAAGCUGCUGAAAGACACAGACAAGAUCCCCUUUAUCCGCGAGGCGGAGCGGCUCAGACUCAAACACAUGGCCGACUACCCAGACUACAAGUACCGGCCCAGGAAGAAGGUCAAGUCGGGCGGCGGGGCGAGCAAGCAGACGGAGCGUGGGGAGAAGAGCGGGGAGCGCAGCGCCAAAGCCGGCGUGAAGAGAAGUCCGGCGUCCAAAGGAGUGAGCAGGACGCACAGACAGGGGGGCAGCAAGAGCGCUGCGGGGCAGGACUAUGCGUCUCCCGGCGACCACCAGGCGCUCUUCAAAUCCAGGUCAGUGUCUGGGGCCAAGCAGAUCCCGGAGAAGCGCACCGGGGAGGCGAGGCGCGCCCACGUGUACGGCGGGGCAGGCAGUCUGGAGAGCGGGCCGCCCUCCGUGGGGGUCCCGGCCAGUCCCACCCUGAGCAGCUCGGCCGAGUCCAGCGACCCGCUCAGCCUGUACGAGGAGCACAGCCCCGCGGCCGGAGACUCGUCGCACACCGCGCGCCUCAGGUACGCUCGCGCUUCCUCCCCGACGCCGUCAGCCUCUCACUCCUCGUCGUCCGUCUCGUCCUCAUCCUCGGACGAAGAGUUCGAAGACGAGCGGCUCGAGCUGAACCCCAGCCCCGGGUUCGAGGGCAUGAGCCUGGGCGGCAUGGGCUUCUCCGACGCGGAGCUGGACCGGGACUUGGACUGGGGCUUCGGGGAGUGCGGGGCGGGAUCUCACUUCGACUUCUCCGACUACUGCACCCCGGAGGUCAGCGAGAUGAUCUCAGGAGACUGGCUGGAGUCCACCAUCUCCAACCUGGUGUUCACCUACUGAGCGCGCGCCGGGCGGAGAGGAGCCGACGCCCCCUUUUUUCCCCCCCCGCGCUUUCAACCGAUCGACCCCCCCUCAGACAAGCGCGUGCGUCCAGACCAGAAUAUUUCCGCUAUUCUUUCACUGAACGAGGGUGAGUGAAGACAGGAAAGGGAAAAAAAAAGGUGGCCUGUGCUGUUGCGCGCGUUGAAGCCCAGGCACGCGCCGCUCACAGACUUGGACAGCGCUCGGUGCGCUUGACGAGAACGCGCAGGCAGGGGAAAUGCUUAGUCUGCAUUUGGACUCGGAGGAGGAGUGAAUGUAAGCAGAGAGCAGUGAAACACACGGACUGCAGCUCAGAUGUGUGACUCAAUCCGCAGAAGGAUGAGGACUGAGACUGAACUUUGAAUCUUAAUGUUAUUCCGGGUCGGGAAAACGAGGGGGGACACUUAAACCGGAGAGCCCGUCAUGUUGGGUUUUGUUCAAGAUAUAGCCAAUUCACAUUGACCAUCAAGUCGCUAUUCAGGUGUAGUUUUUUUUUUUUUUUUUUUUUUUUCAAAACUCGAAACUCGUUUCAAUAUCAACACGCAUGCCCUCCGCGAUGAGGAGGAUUUUGUUGUUGUUAAAUGCGUAAAAAAAAAAUGUUCAUUGCUGCGUUAAUUACGCAAGUUUAUGUGACCAUAGGACACAAUUCACUAUCACCAGCUUCUCUUUCAACGGCAGGACUUAAAGCAAAGACUGACUCAAACCUUCAGAAAAAAAAACCCUUUUUUCUGAACCUUUUUAAACACUCAGUGCACAAUUCAGGACCAAUGUUUCCCCGACGCGCAUUCUUUCUGCCUAGUGCUUCAACUUUGUAGUUCCUCUGUGUCAGAUGACGUUUUUUUAUAUUGAUGUAUUUAUACCGGCCAAACUUUUUUAUACAUAGAAGUAUUGUUCUCGUACAGGUCUCGUUUGUGUUUGUGCACAUACACCUGUCUGUAUCCAGCGCGGAAGGGCUAGAAGUGUAUCUUAUUUAAAAUGUCUGACUUCUCUCACUUUUAAGGAGAUUUGAGUGUGUCAUGAUUUUCUACUUGUAUUUUUGUACAAAAUCUAUAGAAAGGGGGUUUUUCCGGCGAGUGGGUAGCCUACAACAUUGUUGUUUGGAUCUACAUUGGUGUUUAGACGUGCAGAGAGGGGGUUUGUUUGGCACAAUCUGACCUCACACAGUGUUUACAGUAUUUACCCACAUGCUUCUUAAUGGCACAGUGACUCCAGUUUCACCAGCCAAGUAAACAAAGCGCCACUGAGGCUCUCGGCCUGAGUGGCGACUGUGUUUUCCAGUACACACAGACCUAAAAGUUUAGGAGUGAAAGAUCCCAGAGAGUCACUGUUUGGAUAGAGCUAAUACCUCUGUGUGCUUUUUAUCAAGAUAAGUUUUAUUUGAACCACUGGAUGGAAUCUCACACUCAUUCCACUUUGCCUAGACUUUGGAGGGAGGGAGAUGUAUGAAGUGCUUCAUCUGUUAUUGCGCAAAUUGCAUCAAAAAAUAGUAUUUAACCUUUCUGUACCUGUUGGCUAAGUAUAGCAGGCUAAUUGUUUUCCUAUAUUAUGGCAUGGCAAAUAGCAUUUGUAUUUCAGAUUCAGGUAUAUGUAGCUAUAGCUGUUGUGUUUAAGAUUUUUAAAAGAAUAAUAACAUGAAGAUAUUUAUGUAAACUGACUGUACUAUAAGCAAAGAUUGUGUGUUUUAUGUAUGAUGAUGAUCAACGACAGGCACUAGGACAGCCAUCUUUGGACAUCCUUAUGUUGAAGAUGAUAGUGGUCCAGGAGUUUCUUUUUAUUUUGUUUUUUGGGUUUUUUUUUUUCAACUUCAAGACAUUUUUUUUUCUGUCGUCCUCUUUUCUUUUUUCAUUUGUGCAAUAUGCUGUGUAUGAUCAUGUUUUGUCCAAUCAUGCCAAUAUCAUUUGAUGUUUAUUGCUCAAAACCAGCCAAUGUUUGGGUCAAUCACUGCCUCUCAGACCUCUGUACAGAUUGUCGUUUUUUUAUUUGUUUUUCUUUUCUUCCAAGAAGGAAAUAAAAUCAGCUGGAACUGAAAAGUAU